ACAGGUGGAUUCGAUUCUCAGUCAUGGGAAACAAAAAUUCAGGAUCCUCUCCCUCGCACUGGUCUUCAAUCCUCACGGGUAUGAACCAAGCUCCAUCUAUAAAUUCUUUAGUCUCAUACUCCACAAAGGAAAGUUCAUGAAAGUUUUGAUUUCUGUUUCCUUUAUCUGGUUGAAGUUUUAGUGAGAAGUCGAGUCUGAACUUUAAUUACCCUCUCUUGUCUUCUUACUCCUGAAUGGACUCUUUGUAAUAGCUUUGUGAUUCAUAUCAAAGAUGGAAGCUCUGAGCCUUUGGUCCUUAAAAGGGGACUUCUGGGCAACCCCUCAUUUGGAGUUUGAUGUGGGUUAUUCCUGUAUUUCAAAAACAAGGAAAACAAAGAGAAGAUUGCUAAUUGGUAAUGCCGUACGUCAGGGAAGAAGUUCCCAUCACUUGUUUGCUUCAAGUACUCAUAGACGUUGGUAUCCAAAACGUGAUGCUUCAUACGGGAUUUUCACCAACAACUCGAAACUGAAUUUUGUUUUUGUUGGUGAACCAUCUAGAAUUUCGUCUGGUGCGUCUUUUGCCUUGGCUUGGGCAUUUGAGCAACGAGCGAUUGGGAAGGAAUUCAAUGAAGAGUCUCCAAAUCGUAGAGAUAGUUUACUUAAAAAAGCGGAUGAUGAGGAAGAAGGCUCCCUUGAUAUUGUCGAGGGAAAAGAUGGUGGGGUAAUUCCAACUAAAGGAGGAGGAGGAGAUUGUGAUUAUGAGAGAGAAGUAGUUGAAGCGAAGAAUGCACGAAUUGAUGUCCGUGCAUUAGCUUGGAGCUUACAGUAUGCUAAAACCCGGGAAGAUAUAGAAGAUGUUCUUAAGGAUUUUUCGGAACUGCCCCUUUCUGUAUAUUCUUCAAUGAUCAGAAGUUUUGGCAAAGAAAAGAGAUUAGAGUCUGCUGUAGCUCUUGUCGAGUGGCUUAAGAGAAAGAAGAAGGAGACCAAUGGUUUCGCUGGUCCAAACCUUUUCAUAUAUAAUAGUCUAUUGGGUGCAGUGAAACAAUCUGAGCAGUUUGGAGAAGUGGAGAAAGUCAUGUUAGAUAUGGCAGAGGAAGGUAUCCUUCCUAAUGUUGUCACUUACAAUACUUUAAUGGCCAUUUAUUUAGAACAAGGACGGUGUAUUGAGGCCCUCAAUUUUCUCAAGGAGAUUGAAGAGAAGGGUUUAUCCCCAUCUCCAGUAUCCUAUUCAACAGCCUUGCUUGUUUAUAGAAGAAUGGAAGAUGGGAGUGGAGCCCUUAAGUUUUUUGUUGAAUUAAGAGUAAAAUAUCAAACGGAUGUGAUAGGAAAAGAUGGUGAUGACAAUUGGGAAACUGAGUUCAUUAAGCUCGAGAACUUAACCAUUCGUAUUUGCUACCAAGUGAUGCGGCAGUGGCUUGUGAAGGGAGAUCACUUGAACAGCAAUGUAUUGAAGCUUCUUACUGAAAUGGAUAAGGCUGGGCUGAGACUUGGACGGGCUGAACAUGAGCGCCUUGCAUGGGCAUGUACGCUUGAAGGUCAUUAUAUUGUGGCAAAGGAAUUGUAUAAUAGGAUAAGAGAGGAGGAGUCUGAUAUCAGUUUAUCUGUUUGCAACCAUAUAAUAUGGUUGAUGGGCAAGGCUAAGAAAUGGUGGGCUGCUUUGGAGAUUUAUGAAGAUUUGUUGGAUAAGGGACCAAAGCCAAAUAACCUAUCACAUGAAUUAAUUGUUUCACACUUCAACUUUCUACUCGCUGCAGCUAGGAGAAAAGGUAUUUGGAGAUGGGGUAUUAGGUUGCUUAACAAGAUGGAAGAGAAAGGCCUAAAGCCAGGAAGUCGGGAGUGGAAUUCAGUUCUUGUAGCUUGUUCCAAAGCAUCAGAAACUUCAGCUUCUGUGCAGAUAUUUAGGAGGAUGGUGGAGCAAGGUGAAAAGCCUACAAUUGUUUCAUACGGAGCAUUGCUUAGUGCCCUUGAGAAAGGAAAACUCUAUGAUGAGGCCCUCCGAGUAUGGGAACAUAUGGUUAAAGUGGGUGUCGUGCCAAACUUGUAUGCAUUCACAAUUAUGGCAUCAAUUUACGCUGGACAAGGAAGGUCCAAGAUGGUAGAUUCCAUCAUCCGAGAUAUGGUUUCAUCUGGUAUUGAACCAACUGUUAUUACUUUUAAUGCGAUUAUCAGUGGGUGUGCACGGAACAACAUGGGAAGUACUGCAUUUGAAUGGUUCCACCGGAUGAAAGUUUUGAAUACCUCCCCAAAUGAGAUAACAUAUGAGAUGCUGAUUGAAGCUCUUGCGAAAGAUGCUAAGCCAAAACUUGCAUAUGAGCUGUAUUUGAGGGCUAACAAUGAGGGCUUUCACCUGUCUUCAAAAGCUUAUGAUGCUGUCAUACAGUCCUCACGAGAUCACGGUGUAAAUAUAGAUGAAAGCAUCUUAGGACCCCGUCCUGUGGAGAAGAAGAAAAAUCUGAAGAUUAGGAAGACUUUGUCAGACUUUUGUAACUUGGCAGAUGUCCCUAGAAGAGGUAAACCAUUUGAUAGAGAGGAGCUUUAUACUCAACAAACACAUGGAAACUAAUAAAUAAAUUUUUUU